AUGCGGCAGUGCGCCCUUUCCAUCACAUCACGGCCUGUCCUCCAAAGCAGUCAGAGUCGGUCCGGACGAAACAGCUGGGGAAGGGGGGUAGUGGCACUAAAGGCGAAGAUCACUGCAGCAUUCAAAGGAGCAGAUCACUGGAGAAAGGAAAGUCACAACGAGCCGCCAAACGGAAGAGCAGAUCUCCAAUGUGGAGCACUAGAAAAUGAAAAAGACUCAGGAAGUAACUCAGGAAGUGACAACGAGAAGCCUCUCUCUGUGCUGUUUGCGGCAGGAGGCACCGGAGGGCAUGUGUAUCCCGCAAUUGCAAUUGCGGAUGCGAUCCGCCAAGCUGCCCCCAAUGCGGAGAUCCACUUUGCGGGGACCAGCGAGCGGAUGGAGGCAAAAGCAGUGCCUGCAGCCGGAUACAAAUUGCAUGUCAUACCCGCCGUCAGCGUGCGGCGGCCGAUAUGGUCCCCAGCAAACACUCUGCUUCCCUUCAGGUUACCAGCAGCCCUCUGGCAGUGCUACCGCCUGGUCAAGCGGGUAGCGCCAGACGUGGUCGUAGGCACUGGUGGCUACGUGUCCCUGCCCACGUGUCUGGCAGCCGCCCUUCAGCGGAGGGCGGUCGUCAUUCAGGAGCAGAACGCGUAUGCAGGCCUCGCAAACCGCCUCCUCGGCCUCUUUGCGACGGCCAUCUUCCUGGCGUUCGAUGCCGCCAGGAAAUACUUCCCCAAAGACAAGUGCGUAGUCGGUGGAAACCCGACGAGGGCGUCACUGCACACUACACACGUGUCUCGGGCGGAGUCCCGCCGCUGGUUCUUCCCACAACUAGACGAGCGAGAAGCAGAAGAGGCCCAGGUCGUUCUCAUCCUCGGAGGCUCGCUCGGAGCAGCGGCUCUGAACGCAGCACUCGAGCGCGGCGCGGCCGCCGGCAUCCUGGCCCCCUCGCCCUCGCGCCGUAUCAUCUGGCAGUGCGGACCUCGGUACCACGAAAAGCUGGCGCAGACGGUGGAAGAGCAGCAGGACCUCCUGCUUUUGCCCUUCGUCAAUCGCAUGGAUCUGGCGUACCGUGCGGCGGACCUGGUCGUCGGGCGAGCGGGCGCAAUCACGUGCAGCGAGCUCCUCGUUACCGGGACUCCGUCGCUGCUGGUCCCCUCUCCAAACGUCGCCCAGGACCACCAAACAAAGAACGCGCUGGCGAUGGAGUCAUUCGGGGCGGCGCUGCUUAUGGAGGAGAGACAGCUGUCGGCGGAUUCGUUAAUUGAAAAUGUUGAACGUCUUUUAGGCGACCGGCAACGUUUAGACACCAUGCGCAGCCGAGCGCUUGCAGCCGUCAAGCCAAACGCCGCCAGAGACAUUGCGCUCGCCGUUAUUAAAGUAGCUAGCUUCGCGAAAAGAAGCGGCCAGCGCUUGGUCUAGGCAUGGGGACGAGAUAGAAGAGGCUGCCAGUUGCCAGAGGAUUUGCGUGCCGGGUAUUCAAUCAGUCGGACUGCAGGAUUCUUGACGGAGGAUGUCGAGUUGCCUCAGGACACUAACGUUCAUAACCGUGAGAGCGGGAUUGUUGAGUACGCCUUUUAUGCAAAAGCGACUCGACUAAUGUGUCUGUGCUCAAUCAAGUGCCACGGUAAGGACUCAAUACGACUGGUAAAACUUGAGAUUAUUGAGCGAC